AUGAGCUUGUUUAAGAAAAAGGGCAACCAGAUUGAACCUUCCAAACCGAGAAAUUCCAUAAAUAGUUCAACUGGUUCCAUGACUAAGUCUCAACUAAAUCUGGCCAUCAUGGAAAUGCUGAAUUUGAACCAGACUUCUGGCAGCUGUGAUUACGUCUGUCGAGGAAAUCCUAUAACGGAGGGUGGGAAGAGGAGGCAGUUGAUAAAAAUGCUCUCUGUAGCUCUACUGCCAAUGGCGGUACUGGUAGGCAUGACGGGAAAUGUCUUUGUCUCUACAAUACAAAACUUCAUCGAAGCAAAAGAUACAAGGGAAGCUCUCUUUUUCUCAAUAGAACUGGGUCAAAUGAUGAGAUACCUGCAAAGAGAACGAGACAUGAGCGCUCUCUACAUAAGUGCUAUUGGUCCAGACACAAAAGAAUUUCUACUCAAAAGAUAUCCGGAUACUGACACAGCUUUGGAAAAUUUAUCAUACUGGCCCGUCAGUAAGAAAAACGACAGACAGGAGUUCCAAUCAAAGGACAAGUUUCUGUUGUUUCUAAACCGUCAUCGGUAUCAACUGGAUCUGUACAACCGAACAGUCAAAGAGGAGAUGCUUUUCUACACAGAUGUAAUUGAUAUAUUCAUCACUUGGCUAUAUGACGCUGUGUCGGAGGCAAGAUCUGGCUCCAUUUGGAAAACUUUGGUAGCCUAUCAAGAAAUCAUCGUUGCAAGCGAAUACAUUGGGCGAGAACGAGGCAUGGGAGUAACGUAUUUUGCCUUCGGUGGCUUUAGGAGUAAAGAGGAUUAUCUGAUGUUUUUGGAGGCUCAAGAUAUCGCGAAUAUAACAUUUAUGUCGUGUCGACGAUAUUCUGAGCUAGCUUACAGCAUUUAUGAGACUCAACUUUUGAAUAAUGAUUUGAUUUUAGCUCCUGUACGAUCUAUGAGGCUUCAAAUUCGAUCAAACAAGAGUUUUCGUCUAGUUGGGUCGCUAGACAAAGCAAAUGAAUGGUUUGAUAAUAUGACUUUAUAUCAAGAUAUCGUCAGAGAUACACAAAAAGCCUUAGCAAGUAAAAUUGAUGACAUGUUGACCUUAAGAAGUACUGAAGACAUGUACACCAUUAUAACGAUAGCGUGCAUCUUCGGCGCUGUCUUCAUUGUGUGCCCUUUGGUGAUUAUUGGCGUCUAUUACCUAACAUCUGAAAUCCAGAAAUAUUCCAUAUCCAUCGCUAACAGAACAAAAGCAUUGAACAAGGAAAAGAAGAGAACAGAUACGCUCCUCUACCAGAUGCUGCCUAAAUCUGUAGCUGAACGUUUGAAGUGUAACGAACAAGUGGAUGCUGAGCACUAUGACCAAGCCACCAUCUUCUUCAGUGACAUUGUUGGAUUCACCAAAAUUUCCUCCUCCAGUUCUCCAUUACAGGUUGUUGACAUGUUGAACAGUCUCUACACCUGUUUUGACGAAAGAAUAGAAAUGUACGAUGUUUACAAAGUGGAGACUAUAGGAGAUGCCUAUAUGGUCGUAUCAGGUGUACCUAGAAAGAACGGAAUACAGCACGCAUCAGAGAUUGCCAAGAUGGCUUUUGACCUUGUAAGAAAACUUCGCCAUCUAGAAAUACCUCACCUUCCGGGCAUCAAAUUCAGCCUGCGUAUCGGCUGUCACUCUGGUGCUGUAGUGGCCGGAGUGGUGGGCAACAAGAUGCCAAGGUACUGUCUGUUUGGCGAAACAGUGAGUGUGGCUUCCAAAAUGGAAUCUCUCGGAAAAGCAAACAAGGUUCACUUGAGCGAGACAACUCAUGACCUGUUGACCACAAUUGGCGGAUUUACAAUGCAGGAAAGGAAAGAUAGCAUUGGACAGAACGACCCAGAUCUCAAUAACGCUUUUAAAGGAAUCGUCCGUACAUAUUGGCUGACGGAAGUAGAAGGAGUGGAGAGUGAUUCAGAGUCUAUUCAUACAGAUAACGACGAUCUUCAUAACGAAAGACAUGCAGGCGCCAAGAGUUUCUGGCUGCAUUAA